AUGAUGGGAUCUGUUAGGGGUUCGUUCCUCGAAGUUUUCGUUGACGACGAUUGGCAUCGCAUUUAUGCAUCGCUAACUGAAACAAGUUUGAUGCUUUCCGCUGAUGCGGAAGACGAACGUGGUUUAGGAGUGGAAACCAGAUGUGUUAGGGUAGUGAAACAUGACGGUAACGGACUUGGUAUCAGCAUUAAGGGCGGUCGAGAUAAUAAUAUGCCGAUUUUAAUUAGCAAAAUAUUCAAAGGUAUGGCAGCGGAUUUAACUGGGCAGCUUUUCGUUGGAGAUGCCAUUCUUGCUGUUAAUGGGGAAUCACUUUGCGAUGCCACUCAUGAUGAAGCCGUAGUCGCAUUGAAAAAAGCUGGACGUAUUGUUGAUCUUCAUGGUAAGUGUAGACUGUCUCGCAUUACAGUAAGGGAGCUUUUCAUUGUAGUGAAUGCACCAGCUCUAUUUGUUCAGUUUAUGCGAAAUUUCAAUGGUGAGAAAACUACAUUGAAAAGAGAAGAUGUGCUUGAGCAGGUUCGUUGGGACGAUGAGUUCCAGCCUCAAGAUCACGUUAGGAACAUUGGGUUGAAAUUAGCUUACGUCACAAGAACUAGCUUCCUGCAUGAUGAUGUAGAAAGCAGAAUGUUUGAGAUGCGAUCGCCCUCCAGCAGAUAUGUCAUAACAUUUAGAUGCAAUAGUUCAAGUGAGGCCGACGCCUGGUUUGAGAGCGUUCAUGCAUGCGCCUCGGCUUUAUUAACUCAAGCUCUCGCACAGGUCAAUUUAAUGCUGGGACAAACCCCUCAAGUUCGGCGCAUAGGGUGGCUUUCGGAAAGGGUUCCUAGUGAGUCAUCCGGUUUGCUUUGGAAGCCGCUGUUUGCUGCUUUAACACUCAAUGACCUGUUGUUGUAUGAUUCUGUUCCUCAACUAAAAUCUGAAUGGGCUUGCCCCUCCGUUACACGACCACUAAUAGCAACUCGUGUGGUCCAGACAACGUCUCGAACUGCGCCUGUAAUAACUGGCUUAUCCGACAUAAUUUCGUUUACCACUAGAACUGGAACCCAGCAGGGAGUUCGUUCUCAUGUUUUUCGCGUUGAGACUCACAGAGAGUUAGCUGCCUGGGUGAAGAGAAUCGUUACAACUACAUACGAAGCAUGCGCAGAAACCAACCAAGUCUCUUGCCCUUGCUUGUGGCGUGAUGAACAAUGUGAACUUGUACUUCAAUUAGAUAAAGGCAUUAGUCUAAUAAGUCGAGACGACCAAGUCCGGUGGCACUAUCCUUUUGAAGCAAUUAGAGCGACAGGUGAUGAUGGACAGAGAGUACUUUGGAUUGAUUUCGGACCACCAAAUGAUGAGCACGAACUAGAUCUCUUGUCAUCUCCAAAACCUGUAGUCUUCAUACUGCACUCAUUCUUAGCUACAAAGGUAUAUCGUUUGGGUCUUUAUGUAUAA